AUGGCAGAGUUCUCCCUUCUGCGGGUUUAUUUCGAAGUGAGUCGCCUGAUAGGUCUGUGCAAUCUGCACUACGACUCUCGGAACAAUCGCUUUAUCCUCGACCACGUGCCCACUGUGCUUUACUGCCUCCUCCUGAAUGUGGCCUAUCUUCUGAUCCUGCCCUUCGCCUUGGCCCUUCUAACCGGCAAUGUGUACGACUGCAAAAACACGGGAAUGUUCGGAGUGGUCUACAAUGUGGUGGGUUUGACCAAGCUCCUGACCAUGCUGCUCCUAAUGUUCAGUGUUUGGGUGCGGAGGCGUCGGCUGCAGCAGUUGGGCAACGACCUGAUGAGGAUGCUGCACAAGUUCCGCUUCGCUCUUGGAAGCGAUUGCAGGAAGAAGUGUCUGUGCAAGGUUGUGCUGACCAGUUCGCGGUUCGUGAUCCUGACGCAGCAGCUCCUGACCCGAGACUCCCUGGUCAAUUGUGACAGCGACUCCAGCUUUAGGAGAGCUAUGGUUCCCUACCAUAUGGCUUCCGUGGUGUACGCCUUGAUCCUGAUUCUGCUAAUGAGCUAUGUGGACUUGACGGUCUACAUGCUCCAGGUGGCCGGGAACUGGCUGCUGGUAAACAUGGCCCGUAGUGUGCGGGAAAUGAUCCAGGAUCUGGAGGCCUUGCCCAAACGAGGGGGCAUUCCUCGAGAGAUGGGUGUGAGGCAAAUCCUUCCCGCCUGGCGCAAACUUUGGAGGCACUGCCUCCACUUGGACGAGGUGCUAAAGCUCAUUGUUGAUAUAUUCCAGUGGCAGCUCCUCUUCAACUUGCUUUCCACCUAUAUUUUCAACAUAGCCAUUUUGUUUCGAUUGUGGAUCUACCUGGAGUUCGACCAAUCCUUCCAUAUCUGGAAGGGCAUAUUGUUUGCCGUUCUGUUUCUCACUCACCACGCCGAGGUCAUAAUGCAGUUUUCCAUUUUCGAGAUCAAUCGCUGGAAGUGGUUGGAGCUCCUUGAACUGGUGGUUAAACUAUGGGACGUCAAUAUUUCGGGCAUCCCAUGUAAACACAGCCAGGCACUGAUUCUUUCCAGACAGUUGGAGUUCUCCAUUUUGUAUCUCAACCGGAAACUGCAACUGAAUCCGAAACGUGUGAGACGCCUUCACAUCGUAGGUUUUUUCGACCUGAGUAACUCAUCGGUCCACCAAAUGUCCAGGAACAUUAUAACCAAUGUCUUGGUUCUCUGCCAGAUUGCCUACAAAAUAUAUGGUUGA